AUGACGUCAGACAAUGUGACGUCAGUGGGGAUAAUGUCAGACUCGGAGCUGUGGCAAACCUCUGGCUCGGGAACAAGCGCGUGUGACGCACGUGUACACUUCCGCGCGCACGAGUACGUUGCCAUGGAUACCGGAGUGGCCGCAAACGACGGGAUGACGGAGAACAAACAGAGUGACCAGGACGGGCAGAAAGACACAGAGAACCCAGACGAGCGCAUGGUCAAACGCGACCCCGUGCGUGGCUAUGUUUUGCAUAUGCAGUUGCUACCCCGAUUGCGGUAUCUGUUAGAGGUAGCGGCGGUGCCUGGACUGGUAGAGCCCAUCCUAGAUAUACUGCUGGCAGUAGGUAGUCACACCCCGGUCAUGGCUCGGCAGAUUGUGCAGUGCUCACGGCUGGUGGAGUACAUUCACGGAGAGUUCGUUAGGGUGGACAGACCCGCAGACACCGGAAGCAAACGACUUCCCUACGGCACGCCGCACGUCAAGGCUUUGCGACUGAUGACAGUAUUGGCUGCCAGUAGCAGCGAUGUGUGUGAGCACCUGCACCAAGAGGGCGUCUACAGCUCUAUGUUGAGAUACGCCAUGUAUCCAUUUGGUGAACCAACCGAUGAGGAGGACGAGCAUGGUGUGUGA